CGAGGUAUUGAGAGGGAUUGCUGGGUUGUGAUCCCCAUGCUAGUGACAUUAGUGUCGGUUAAAGUGUCCUGCCCCUGACGUAAGGAAAUGAUGCCGAGCCUACAAGCGUGCAUUGAAUAUGCAAGAGUCCAAACUCAUGUUGCAUUGAUGUGAGGUGCAGCAAAAGCACGGCUGUAGUGUUCCCAACAGGCUGUCUUUGACAGGCCGCAGGGAUAUCAAGUUUGUAUGGUGCUUUCUUUUGCUUAUGUUUUUAUUUUUGUUUUUCUUAUUUAUCCUUGAAGCCACAGUUGUAUCUACGAGAACGUCGUGGAUGCUUAAUAUCGGAAGCUGAGACUAACGUUGCAGUUUCAUCUGCAGCUAUUACUCAUCGCCAUUCAGAGAUGGAGUAUUCACGAAGAUGCGCUGUAGUUUUUACCCUGACGGUGCUUCUCAUAGCAUCAGAAGCCAUGGCUCAGACAAAGAGACUGGCACCGGCCUAUUUCAUCUUCGGCGACUCGCUCUCAGACCCAGGCAACAACAACUACCUUCGCACACUGUCCAGGGCAGAUGCGCCGCCUAAUGGCAUUGACUUCCCCAAUGGGAAAGCCACCGGGAGAUACUGCAACGGUCGAACCGCCACCGAUAUCCUUGGGCAAUCGAUUGGCAUUCCGGAUUUCAUCCCUCCAUAUAUGGCUCCCGAAACUAAAGGACCGGCAAUUUUGAACGGGGUGAACUACGCUUCUGGAGCUGCUGGAAUUUUGCCCUCCUCCGGUUACCUCUUUGUAAGCCAGUCGAUCUCGCGAAUAUCACUGGAUCAGCAAUUACAAGACUUUGCCAACACCAAGACCCAAAUCGUUGCACAGAUUGGUGAGGAGGCAACCACUGAACUCCUCUCCAAGUCGCUCUUCUACUUCAAUCUCGGCUCCAACGACUUCCUGGACAAUUACUUCAUCCCUGGCUCCCCUUUCAGUAGGAACAUGACCGUCACCCAAUACACGGACAUGGUUCUUGACAAAUACAAAGGCCAGCUCUCACAAAUUUACAGCAUGGGAGGACGCAAAGUCGCUAUAGCAUCACUUGGUCCCAUCGGCUGCUGCCCCUUCCAGCUCACGUUGGCACUGAGGAGAAACGGCAUUUGCGACGAGAAAGCCAACGAGGAUGCAAUCUACUUCAACAAAGGUAUUCUGCGGAUUGUGGAUGAGCUCAAUGCCAAUCUUCCUGGCUCCGACUACAUCUACUUAGAUGUUUACAGGGCUGUAGGAGAGAUCAUAGCAUCACCACGCGACUAUGGUUUCACCGUGAAGGACAUCGGGUGCUGUGGAAGGGGACCGCAAUACAGGGGCCUCGUCCCCUGCUUGCCCAACAUGACCUUCUGCCCCAAUCGAUUUGACUACGUAUUCUGGGAUCCUUACCACCCCACUGAGAAGACCAACAUUUUGAUCUCGCAGAGAUUCUUUGGCUCUGGCUACACUUAUCCUAAAAACAUUCCGCAACUCCUGGGCGCUUAGCGAUUAUUCCUGCAACCAAAUUUUAGGGCGGUCAGAUAGACGACUAAGUCGACUGACUAACGAGCAAGGACAUGUCCAUGACCACGCUGAUUAGAAAAAGCUCCGGUCUCGGACGGAAUUAGGCAGCAAUUAAGAAUUCUUUUCAGAUUCAUUCAUUGUUUGUUUCUUACUUGUGAUCUCUACACCAUAAACAUGAUAUUUAAUCCCCGAAAAGCCUCCAGAUUCAAUUUAGUCUACAUUGUCAAUUUUCUGCUUCGUAACGUCUGGAAAUGGACUUCCAGAGUUUCGCUGUGAUUGGUUUCAGCUAGAGAGAGAGAGAGGGAGAGAGAGAGCUAUUGCGGCAGAAGGAACCUGGUUCCAGGGGCGUGACGCUGGAUCCUUGUGACGGUUCUGUCUCUUACUACGCAAGGCUGACUGAAAGGAUGAUGGAGACCAGGUAACAAAAAGGAGAAGGGAAAGUAUUUCUCCCCGAUUCGCAUGUUUAAUAC